AUGGCAACCGAAGCUUCCUCACUGGUCAAAGUGCCGCGUAUCGCGAUCGCAUUCUGUACACAAUGUAAAUGGAACUUGAGGGCUGCUUACUAUGCUCAGGAAUUACUUCAGACAUUCAGCACCAGCAUCGGCGAGAUUGCUUUGAUUCCGUCGACGGGGGGAUUGUUCACCGUCACGGUCACAACAACAAACGUCGUCAACAACACUUCCAGUGCCGGAACUGCUACUUCAGCAGGAUCGACGGAAGGGGUCCAAACCACUGAAACGGUGAUAUGGGACCGCAAGACCGAAGGCGGCUUUCCAGAGACCAAAGAGCUGAAGAACCGAGUUCGAAACAUUCUCGACCCUGGCAGAGAUCUCGGGCAUAUCGACCGGAGCUUGAAAAAAGGGAGCUCCCAACAAGCCCAGGCAGAGACUGGCAAGUCUGAGCCCAAGCCAGAUGACAAUGUCAACCCGGUUCAGCAAGAAACGAAGGAAGAAUGUGAGGAUUGCAAAUAA